UAAUGCGGCGUCUGUGAAAGUGCGUGCGUGACAGCCCCGUGCGUUUAUCAUUCUCCACCCCAUUGGGAAAACAUUCUUCCCUGCUGUUAGUAUAAUUGCUUCGUCUUCGAUCUGCUGUACAUUCUGGAGAGCUCUGUAGUUCUAAGAAUUGCUCAUUCUUUCCGAUUAAUUGAUCAUUAAUUAAUCUAUGGCUGCUCCGAUGAGCGAUGUGGAUCCCGCCGGCGCCGCCGAUUCAGUGGCGUCAACGCCGCGGUCGGAGCGACACGACGACGGCGGUUACCCGCAGUUGCAGCCGCGAAUCCGUUUUAUGUGCAGCUUCGGCGGCAAAAUCCUGCCGCGGCCGCACGACAAUCAGCUCCGGUACGUCGGCGGAGAUACGCGCAUCGUCGCCGUCAACCGCCACACCAAUUUCGCGAUGCUCCUAUCGGUGCUGUCGAAGGUGUCGGGUACAACCGGUAUAAGCGUAAAGUACCAGCUCCCAAGCGAGGACCUGGACGCGCUGAUAACCGUCACGACGGAUGAAGACGUGGAGAACAUGAUGGAGGAGUACGAUCGGCUGGCGCUGGGGCAGAAAUCGGCUCGGCUCCGGCUGUUCCUUUUCCCCACGGACGGCGGGGACUCACGAGCGAGCAGUAUCAGCUCGCUCCUCGACGGCUCGGCUAAGCGCGAGAACUGGUUCUUCGAUGCUCUCAACGGCGGACCGGCGACCGGUCCGGUUCUCGAGCGCGGCCGGUCCGAGGUGUCGUCGAUUGUGUCGGAGGUCCCGGACUACCUAUUCGGGCUGGAUAAUUCCGACGACGCUUUGAAAGAAAGCGCAAAGCUCAGGCACAAAAACCUCGUCAACGAUAAUAUAUCAAUGUCCGACCCGGGAUCGCCGGCUCCGGCGGCGGCGUCGCCUUUCUGCUCUGCGUCGUCGACCCUUGCGCCGCCGGGGAUGCAGGUUAUUCCUGAUCUUCCGCCGGUGAAAACCAAAUCGGCCGAUUUCAGAGAAUCCGAAAUGAUGAGCGAGAAAACGGUUCCCCAGCCCGCCGGGUAUUCGGGUAGCCCGAUGUGGCACUAUCCGAAUCCGGCGGCGGUUCAGCCCAUGCCGGCAGCGGUGUAUUACGUCUCCGGCGGUCACGUCCCCGCCGGAAAUACUCAACAUGUUCCGAUCAGGGCACAGUUUGUUCAGCCGUAUGCGGUUGCGCCGGUGCAAGUUCCGAUCGGAUUUCCGGGAGUCAAUCAGGUGUACGCUCCGGGGGUGAGGCCAUACGAAACGUCCGGCAGAAUAAUCUCCGAUAAUGGAAAUCCGGCGUUGUACUAUGGGGCGAGGCCGAUUGCCGUCGUUCCGGGCGGGGACGAAUUGCCAGGCGGUACCGGGUCGGAUGCGGUACCGGGUCGGGUCACAUAGAACACUUUUCUGGGAGCUAUUUUUAAGUACAGGUACUUGUGGGGUUGAUUGGAUUAUUUUUAUUAUUAUUUAUGGGGAAAGGAUAAAGAAUUAUUGUGCUGUGUCUUAAUGCUUGAUUUGUGGUAAUUUAUGAGAGAUUUGGCCAUGGGACAAUUAUUGGUAAUUUAUGGAGUGUCUAAAGUUUGAGUGUGUUUAUUUGCAGACAAUUGUACAUUCGGAAUAAAAACUGUCUUGACAACAA